UUUGUCCACCUGUAUUUUACAGCUGACAGGCGGAAGGAUGGCUGCCCUUAUGCCCCACACCUGCCAGUACCCCGCCCUCCCCAGCCGUAUCCUCACCUGUCUACAGGAGCAGAGACAGGCAGGACAGAUGUGUGAUGUCAUCAUUAAGGUUGGUAGCAGGAGCUUCCCUGCCCACAGAGGUGUCCUGUGUGCGUGUUCUGGGUACUUUAAGGCCCUGUUCACAGACAGUGAGGCGAGCAGUGUGGAGUUACGACUGGUGACAGAGAAGGGUGUGUCUGUGCUGCUGGACUACAUGUACACAGCCAGGCUACAUCUCACAGCUGGGGAUGCACAGGAGGUCAUGCUGGCUGCUGUGUACCUACAGGUGACUGACAUCAUGGAGGACUGUACAGCCUACCUGGGUCACACCUUCCAACAGUCCCAGCUAGUAGGUCAGAGGUCAACAGUUUCCAUGGAAACCAUACCACAUGGAAGGCAAGACAACAGGGAAAACAGUGUUUCAGAAGGAGGAGAAUCUCAGACUCAGAGCAGGCCCAGGGUAUCAAGAGACACAUCAGGGGAUGCUGUCAAUCACGUGAAUCAGGGUGGAAGUGGAUUGGACAGAGCACAUGAUGGAAGAUGCUAUCCAGCCAAUCAUAGGACUGGUAGCCAGGCCAAUGUUGGAAACAGGCUGAGAGAAAUGCAUGAUGGGAGGUCCAGCUCAACCAAACACACACCUGCUCUCCAGUCUGAGACAGGAAACAGACCUGAAGGAGUGCAUGAUGGGAGAUCCAGUGCAGCCAAUCACACGUCCGGUAGUCAGAACACUGUAGUUUACAGACAGGGAGAAGUGAGUGAAGGGACUGAGGUACAAGUAAACAAAACAGGUUGUUUACAGUCUAGCCAGGACAACAGCAAGGACGUGUUGACUUCAUCUCUUAUCACUAUUAAACAAGAACCUGAAGAAAACGAUGCAACACUUUCUUCAGAAGUUGAAGACAACCCUUCCUUGGUUGAGCAUCAUUCACACUCUGAGUUUCCAGACUGUUCAUUUGGAGCUAGCACUGAAUCCUUCUCACCAGUUGUUACUACAGUAUCAAGUAGUCAUUCUAUCGAUCGGAUAAACACAAUUGCAAAUACUUUGUUUCAACAGCACCAAGAGAUAUAUGAUAAAGACAGCAUGAAUGUUCAUCCCCAAAACAGAGCAGUUGUGCCACCUGGAAACCAAAAUAUGCAAGCAUCUCUUCCACCUUUUGCCACCGGGGGUUAUGGACCUUUGAACUCCCUCCAAGGUCUCUUCCCAAUGUCCUCUGACCCCUUGGCAUCAGUUGACCUUUGGUCUGUGACCUCUGACACGAGGUCAGGUAGUCUUGACACCAGUUUUUACAGCAGGCCCCAGAACAAGCAUGUCUGUGUGAAGUGUGGGGCGUCGUUCAAGUAUGCUAGUUCCCUCCGUGCACACAAGCUUUACAAGCAUUCCAACGCCCGCCCGUUCAUCUGCUCUACUUGUGGCUACAGCUUCAAGGAUAAAAGCAUGCUGAAGCGGCAUUCUAGAGUGCACAAGAAAAGGCCGCAAACUUGUGUCUCCUUGCCAUCCCAAGUAGGUAUUGCUGCUGUCGAUAAAUCUUCAUGUCCUGCUGAUAGCAUACCAGUAUCUAGUAGCGAGUGUGCUACACCUACUUCACCUACUAGAGCAGGUGACACAAGCAUGGAGAAAUCCCAUUCGAGUGUAGCACAGUAUGAGGACAGUUUACAAGUUCAAGGGCACAACCACAGUGACAUAAUGCCGGAUCAAAGUGGUGUUGACGGCACAGAAGCCCCGACACGUUGGACUACCGAAGGGGGUUCACUCCUGCAGGCUGGCCUACAGGGCAAUCAAAAAGAGGAAGAUGGUAACACUUUUGAUAGAACAACGCCCCCUAGAGUGGACCCUGAUACUGCAGGCAGUGAAACUAUCAACCAGGUCAACAUGUUUUCAACAAUGUUGCCAAAAUCGACUCCCAUGUUGUUGACGUCGGAGGGUGUAGCAAGUACAACAGAGUCAUCCGUGACGAGGGAAGGUAAUGACCUUGGGGAAGACAACUCAAAGUCACACCAACAGACGACCUUGAGGCACGGACAGGCUGUUGUAACAUGUCCUUCAACAUUUGGAAACCAAGGUGGUGUAGGAAAUACUACUGUCAGUAACAUCAGUUCUUUCAUAUCUCGUGCUGACGUUUCAACUACGCAGAAUGAGGCAUUGUUUUCCAUGAUGGCCGCCGGAGCAAAUCCGUCACAAUAUCAUCAGAUUGCCAUGGAAAGCCCCGCUGAAAUGUCGCCCAAAGCGUUCUGUUGUACGGAGUGUAGCGCUGUGUUUAAGUACGACAGCUCACUCCGUGCCCACAAGCUGUACAAGCACAGCAACGCACGCCCGUUCGUUUGUCAGGACUGCGGAUAUGCCUUCAAAGCAAAGGGGAUGUUACUGCGUCACAGAAGGUCGCAGCAUCCCAAACCUGAUGAACAGUAAAAACUUUUGUCAUUAAACUUUAGGCCUUGGAAAAUCAGCAUUGUGUUUUCGAUUACAGUGCUGAAAAAAUUGGGGCGGAAGGUAGGGUUACUCUUUUUUCUCUUUUAAAUUUAUCACUUCAUCAUUUCAUCAAAAAUGUUGUUUAUUGGCUAACAUUUUUAGAUAUAGG